GAGAGCUUCAAUCAGUCAGGGCUGGGAAGGUGCUGAGAAGUGCCUGGGGCAGAAUCCCUGCCAGCCCUUGGCACAGGAACCUCUGGCUGCAGGACAAUGCAGCUGCAGCUCCUGCAGUGAUCUCCUACAGCUGGAACAUCCCAAUGCCUACAGACCCUUCAUGACAAAAAGUGAAGGCAAAGAAGCCUUUGGACCUGCUGCAAUGAGUUGAGCCAGGGGUGUGUAACUGUGGCAACUGAAUCUGCUAUUGGAUGUUCCUGUUCAAUAUCCCAAUUAAUCAACCUUUAAAAAUUGUUGAAAUCAGGGCCUGGGUGUGCUCCAUUCCCACUGGGACACCUGGAAGCUUCCAAGAAAGGUCCCCGUGGCCAGCCCCAGCAAAUGUCCAACAGCAGCUCCAUCAGCCACUUCCUCCUGCUGGCAUUGGCAGACACGCGGCAGCUGCAGCUGCUGCACUUCUGCCUCUUGCUGGGCAUCUCCCUGGCUGCCCUCCUGGGCAACGGCCUCAUCAUCAGCGCCGUAGCCUGCAGCCAGCACCUGCACACGCCCAUGUUCUUCUUCCUGCUCAACCUGGCCCUCACUGACCUGGGCUCCAUCUGCACCACUGUCCCCAAAGCCAUGCACAAUUCCCUCUGGAACACCAGCACCAUCUCCUACACAGGAUGUGCUGCACAGGUCUUUUUCUUUAUGUUCUUCAUCUCAGCAGAGUUUUAUCUCCUGACCAUGAUGUGCUAUGACCGCUACGUGUCCAUCUGCAAACCCCUGCACUACGGGACCCUCCUGGGCAGCAGAGCUUGUGCCCACAUGGCAGCAGCUUCCUGGGCCAGUGCCUUUCUCAAUGCUCUCAUGCACACGGCCAAUACAUUUUCCCUGCCCCUGUGCCAUGGCAAUGCCCUGGGCCAGUUCUUCUGUGAAAUCCCACAGAUCCUCAAGCUCUCCUGCUCCAAAUCCUAUUUCAGGGAACUUGGGCCAAUUGCUGUUAGUGCCUGUUUGGGUUUUGGCUUUUUUGUGUUCAUUGUUUUCUCCUAUGUGCAGAUCUUCAGGGCUGUGCUGAGGAUCCCCUCUGAGCAGGGACGACACAAAGCCUUUUCCACCUGCCUCCCUCACCUGGCCGUGGUCUCCCUGUUCCUCAGUAGUGUCAUAUUUGCUCACCUGAAGCCCCCCUCCAUGUCGUCCCCAGCCCUGGAUCUGGCCCUGUCAGUUCUGUACUCGGUGGUGCCUCCAGCCCUGAACCCCCUCAUCUACAGCCUGAGGAACCAGGAGCUCAAGGCUGCAGUGUGGACACUGAUGACUGGAUGCUUUCAGGAACAUUAAACUGCUGGCCAAUUUUUGCAAAUCACUUGUAAUAAAAGUC